AUGUUCGGUACUACGCAGCCGUUUGGUGCCACCGGUGGGGGCUUGUUUGGCGGAGGUGGCUGCGGUGGCUGUGGUGGAUUCGGCACGCCGCAGAUCAAGGAUCCGAACACCAAUCAGGAUGCGCCGGUACCCGAGGGCCCGAGCGACUCCAUCAGCUGUUUGCGUUGGUCCCCCUCAGCAAACAUCUUCGCGUGCGGCUCGUGGGACAAGAGCGUCAGAAUCUACGAGGUCACUGCGCAGAACAUUGCCCCACGAAUGGCUUACAACCAUGAAGCACCUGUACUGUGCUGCGCCUUCUCCAAAGACGGCCAGCGAAUCUUCAGCGGUGGCUGUGACAACAAGGUGAAAAUGAAAGUCCUGCAGACCCAGCAGGAACAGCAGAUAGGUCAGCACGACGGACCUGUGAAGGAGGUCUUCGUGUUAGACGAGAUGAACAUGGUCGUUUCUGGCAGCUGGGACAGGACACUUCGCUUCUGGAACCUUCAGCAGCCAACGCCAGUGGCCACCUUGCAGCUGCCAGAGCGAGUCUAUACUAUGGAUGUGAAAUAUCCAUUGCUGGUAGUAGGAUGCGCUGAGAGGCAUGUGCUCGUGUACAACCUGCAGGCCAUUCAACAGAAUCCAGCCCCUUACAAGCAGGGGCAAACAGCCCUGAAGAUGCAAACGCGCGCCAUCUGCGCCUUUCCUGACAAGACAGGCUACGCAGUUGGAUCGGUAGAGGGCCGGUGUUCAAUCGCCUACAUAGAGGACUCGAGCAAAAACUUUGCUUUCAAGUGCCACCGAACCAAUUCGGAAAUCUAUGCGGUAAACGACAUCGACUUCCACCCACAGAUGGGGACAUUUGCCACCUGCGGUGGCGAUGGUACAUUCGUUUACUGGGACAAGGAGAACAGACAGCGAUUGAAAGCGUUUAACUCCUGUCACUAUCCCCUCACUGCCGGGAAGUUUAAUGCACCCGGAGACAUGUAUGCGUAUGCGGUCUCGUACGACUGGAGCAAAGGGCACGAGCAGAAUCACCCGAGCUUGCCAAAGGGAGUCUUGGUCCACAAAGUCCAAGCCGCGGAGGUGCAGCCAAAAGCAGGCUCUGCAAACCAGCGUGCCAAGCGCUGA